CAACCCUCUCUAUCCUUUCAUUUGCAGUAUUUUCCUCUUUAAAUAUAUGCAUUUAACCUCCAUCCAUCCAUUCAUCACAAACUCAUCAAAAGCUCUUGUAUUUUCUCUUUACAUUACAACAUUACAAUCUCACUUCACUAGCUCACUUGUACUCAAAAUGACUACUACUGUUAACAAACAUGAAUCAUCAUCAUCAUCACUUGCAUUGGUCCAUGUUGAUGUUGAUCAACCUCAACCUCUUUCUGUUGCACCCAUUGUAUCUUCUUAUAAUGAGAAGAUACGUCCUGUUCUAGAUGCUCUUGAAAAUCUAAGGCGCCUUAACAUUGCUAAAGAGGGUAUUCAACUUCCAACCAUUGUUGUUGUUGGAGAUCAAUCUUCUGGCAAGUCAAGUGUCCUUGAAUCUUUAGCUGGCAUCAGCUUGCCACGUGGACAAGGUAUCUGUACUAGGGUACCCUUGGUAAUGAGGCUCCAAAACCAUCCACUUCCACAGCCAGAGCUUGUAUUGGAGUAUAAUGGCAACCAUGUUGCAACUGAUGAGGAAAAUGUCUCUGAUGCAAUCAACAACGCUACUGAAGAGCUUGCUGGAACUGCCAAAGGGAUUUCAAACAACCCUUUAACUUUGAUUGUGAAGAAGAAUGGUGUUCCUGAUUUGACUAUGGUUGAUCUUCCAGGUAUUACUCGUGUUCCUGUUCACGGACAACCAGAUAAUAUCUAUGACCAGAUUAAGGAUAUCAUUAUGGAGUAUAUAACUCCAGAAGAGAGCAUUAUCUUGAAUGUUCUUUCUGCUAGUGUUGAUUUUACCACCUGUGAGUCCAUUAGAAUGUCACAAUCUGUUGAUAAAACUGGUUUGAGGACUUUAGCUGUUGUCACAAAAGCUGAUAAAUCUCCUGAAGGUUUGUUGGAGAAGGUGACUGCUGAUGAUGUUAACAUAGGUCUUGGUUAUGUUUGCGUUAGGAAUCGAAUUGGAGAGGAGACUUAUGAAGAAGCCAGAAAUGAAGAACAAAAUCUGUUUGAGUUUCACUCACUUCUUUCUAAGAUUGACAAAUCCAUUGUUGGUAUUCCUGUCUUGGCUCAGAAGCUUGUUCAUGUACAAGCUAUGAGUAUAUCCAAAACUUUACCCGAAAUCAUUAAAAAAAUUAAUGAAAAGCUUGCUAAUAGCUUACAUGAGUUGGAGAUUUUGCCUGCUAAUUUGUCUUCUUUGGCUGAUGCAAUGUCUGCAUUUCUCCAAAUUAUUUCUUUCUCUAGAGAUUCUCUGAGAAAGAUUCUUUUGAUAGGAGAAUUUGAAGAAUACCCUGAAGAAAAGCAAAUGCAUUGCACGGCUCGUUUAGUGGAUAUGCUGAAUUCCUAUGCUAGUGAACUUAACAACUGUGCUGAGAGCAACGCAACCAAGGAUUUCCUUAUGGAGGAGAUCAAUGUUCUUGAGGAAGCAAAGUUUAUUGGUCUUCCAAAUUUCAUGCCAAGAACUGCUUUUCAGACACUGCUUCAAAGAAAGGUUAGAGGCAUUUCUCAUAUGCCAAUUGAUUUUGUUGACAGUGUGUGGGACUAUCUGCAAAAUGUUGUAACUACAGUGUUGAAUCGGCACUCUGCAAACUAUUAUCAACUUCAGGUUUCGAUUAGGAGAGCUGCGGAGCAUCUUAUUGCUAAGAAGAAGAAGAAUUGCAUUCAACAUGUGCUGCAAGCUGUUGAAAUGGAGAAGCUGACAGAUUACACCUGUAAUCCUGAGUACUUGGAGGAGUAUAACAAAAUCGUGUCUCAUCGAGUAGCGUUUUUGAAUGAAGUUUCAAGUGUUAAUCUAUAUACAAGUACUGUGAACCUUGAAGGGUACGGUCCGAUUGAAGUUGCUCAGUUGAAGUACUAUCCCCACCAAGUGUUAACUCAAGCAUAUGAUUUGAAGGCCAGAUUGAUUGCUUAUUGGAAGAUUGUUCUAAGGAGGCUUGUUGAUGUUAUUGCUUUACAUUUGAUGUUAAGCAUCAAUGAACUUGUAAAUGUUGAUUUUCAGAAGGAGCUAUGCAAUGGAUUGUUAUCUUCAGCUGGUGGUGGGGUUGAGAGGCUUCUUGAAGAGUCUCCUUCGAUAUCUGGGAAGAGAGAAAAACUAAGCAGGAGUGUGAAAGUCCUGAAGGAAAGCAAGGAAAUGGUUGCUAACAUUAUCGACCGGAUUGGUGUCUAUGGCGAUAACUAGUAGCAUUGCUCAGUGUUUCCUAACAAUUGUAGUCUUAAUUCUGUCAUUGUUUUUUGUUUGUUUGGAUCUAUCAUGCAAGUGUGGCCUUUGUCCUGUCUUUAUGUUUAUCUGUUGGAAGUUUUAUUAGUAUUAAGGUCUUAUGUUUUUAGUUUGUUCAACUUUAUCUUGUCUUGUUGCUUCUUGUGGUCAAAUUAAGUUGAAUUACCUUAAUGUAUGGUUUUAUUGUUGUUA